CAACUGUAUAAGUACAUUGGAGUUACUACAACAUGGUUUCAAGGGGACAUAUAAAACUGCUUGGACUAUUGGCACUUAUUUUCACUUGCCAACUUCAGCUUGCUUUAGGAUUUUCAAUUCGACGAGUUUUUAAGGAGGAACCUUCCGAUGAUUUUAUUGAUGGAAAAUUACCGCCAUAUAACUUUGGACCAUUAUCAAUUUCGUUAAUGCGAACAAUUGGAUAUAGAUCACCUGGCAAAAGAUAUGAUCCUGAUAUGGGACCCUCUGUUGACAGAAACACAAAAGAGAUUCUUUCGCCAGCAUUUAACAACAUUUUAUCUGAUGAUAACAAAGGGAAAAGUAUAAACUAUCCCGAGGCAAGAUUUUAUUCAAAUCAAGGAGACCGGAAAUACUGGGACGCUUUGUAUGAGGACUAUGAUGCAUUAUUCAAUAAUUUUGAUCGAAAUGGACUUGAAAUUGAUUUCAACACUGGAAAAAGAGCCCCAUUAAGAACCCGUGGAGUACAAUUUGGAAGCCCUAUACUUGAUGGAUUAGAUGGCGCUGAUAACUCAAAAUCUAAACAAAGGUUUCAGCCCUGGGGUGGAAGGUAAACCAAAAAGGCAGGACAAUCUAUCCCAGAUUCCCACUGAAGUUAAAAUCAAACAAUAGGUGAAGUUUUCUGUUGGAAGUACUAAUUCGUUUGAUUGUAUUUGUUUAUUUUUACAUUUUCGGAUUAUAAAAUGAACAUAAGAAUGCUAUUUGCUUUUUUAUUUAUUCCACAUGUAUUCUCUAUUAAAUGUAUACAUGUUUGAGAAAUAUGUACAGAUUAAGCUUUUGUAAUUAAUUACCUAUAAAAAUAUUAAUAAAAUUGCUG